GCACCAUUUAAGAGCAGCUUACACAUACGCGUGCUUCACAAGCCAUUUUCUCUCAGAUCUUAGUUUUUCCACACACACACACACAUUGAAUUUCCUCCUUAUCACGUCACUCUCAGAUCUGGAAAUCACCUCCCUACUACUACUACUAUUACUGCGUGUGCCUCCACACACACACAUUGCGGAAGAACAAUCGCCUCCGAGAGUUUAAACUAUUUUACGUAUUUGCGCCGAUCGCAGAUCUGUUAGACAUCUCGCAAUGAGCUAAAUUACUAUCUGGACGCGUUUACGUAUUGAUAAAAUACGUAAUUCUACGUAUAUAAACUGCGAAUAUUGUGAUUGUUAAAUAUAUAUCGACAUAAAGGAUUGUGGCUUUUGGCGUGUAUAGUGCAGUGUAAUAUCUGUUUGGUAUGGCAAUGCAAUCAGGGGCUAUGGUGGUGACCUGAGAAAAUCCCUGUGCAGUGGUACAACCACCAGCAACAGCCGCCGCAUCAUCAGGUGGAUGAGAGGGAGGGGUUUUUUAUGUGGCUGAGAGGUGAAUUUGCAGCCGCGAACGCGAUAAUUGACGCGCUGUGCCACCAUUUGAGGGCGGUGGGCGACCCUGGGGAGUAUGACGGUGUGAUUGGGUCCGUUCAGCAGAGGAGGUGUAAUUGGAAUCCCAUUUUGCAUAUGCAGCAGUACUUCUCGGUGGCUGAUGUUGUAUAUGCGCUGCAGCAGGUCGGUUGGAGGCGGCAGCAGAAAGUGGUGGGUUUCGAGGGGGGUGCCAGGAUGGGGGGAGGAGGAGGGAAGGAGUUUAGGAGAGGAGGCAGGGGACAAAGAGGAGGACUUGAGGUGCAGAAUUUUGGUGGAGAGAUGAACGGAAAGGAUCUCAACAAUGGCUACUUUAAAAGCAAUCUCAAAAUGAUUGAGAAAUUGGACGAAGGAGACAAGGCAAAGGUGGAGAAGAAAGAGGAGGAAGUGACAGAAUUUGAUGAAAAAUCUGAAGAAAAUGGUACAGCAACGAGAGAGAAAAGCACACAAGGAGCUGUUUCUCAUGCAGAUGUUGAGGCAGAGGAUAAAGGGUCUUGCAGUGUGGAAGGAUCUGGAUUAGUAGAGAAAUCGAACCUUGAAGUUUCUCCAAAAUCUUUUGUUGCUACUGAGAUAUGUGAUGGAAAAUCAGUUAAUAUAACUGAAGGAUUGAAGCUGUAUGAAGAUUUAUUUGAUGAUUCAGAAAUUUUAAAGCUUAAUAAUUUGGUCAAUGAUUUGAGAGCUGCCGGGAAGAGAGGACAGUUACAAGGUCAAACUUUUGUCGCUUUAAAGAGACCCAUGAAGGGACAUGGAAGAGAGAUGAUUCAAUUGGGUGUCCCCAUUGCAGAUGCACCUCCUGAAGAUGAAGUUGUUGCAGGAACUUCUAGAGAUCCAAAAAUUGAGCCCAUCCCGGUGGCGCUGCAAGAUGUUAUUGAACGCUUACUUACUAAAAAUGUUGUUAGCACCAAACCGGACUCAGCCAUCAUUGAUAUCUUUAAUGAGGGUGAUCACUCACAGCCCCAUAUCUGGCCACAAUGGUUUGGAAGGCCUGUGUGUGUAAUAUCCUUGACUGUGUGUGAGAUGUCUUUUGGUAAGGUAAUGGCAGUGGAUAGUCCAGGCAACUAUCGUGGUGCUCUCAAACUCUCUCUUUCACCAGGAUCAACUAUCAUAAUGCAAGGGAGAUCUGCAGAUAUUGCCAGGCAUGCAAUACCUUCCUUGCAGAAACAGCGAAUGCUUCUUACAUUGGUGAAGUCGCAAUCUAAGAAAACCAUUGGCGGUGAUGUUCACCGUGUUCUACCUCCUUCAGCCACUUGGGCUCCACCUCCUAGCAGGUCACCAAGUCAUAUUCGGCCAGGGGCUGCAAAACAUUUUGGCCCUGUACCAUCCACUGGCGGCGUAUUACCCGCUCCUACUGCUCGUCAGCAGCUACCCCCACCAAAUGGAAUCCAAGUCCAACCAAUGUUUGUAUCUGCCACUGUAGCACCAGGCAUAGCAUAUCCGGCACCAGUUGCUCUCCCUCCUACAUCUGCUGGAUGGCCUGCAGCUCCUCCACGGCAUCCUCAGCCUCAGCCUCGCCUGCCAGUCCCUGGCACAGGAGUUUUCCUUCCAUCACAGGGUUCUGGUAAUUCGUCAAAUCAGCCUGCAUCAACUGAACAUAAUAGCAUAGAGAUGUCAAAUGGUCCUCGGUCCUCCCUAAAAGUGGACGAUGAAGCCACACACACAGAGCAAGAGUGCAAUGGGAGUAGCGACAAAUUGAAUGAAGGAGCAGGGAUUUUGAAGGAAGAAGAGCAGGAAAAGUCAGGUGGAGCCGUUUAGUUAGAAAGAGAUAGCAAAGAGAAGGUUGGAGGCUUAAUUGUUUGGGUGGGCUGCAAUUGGCAAUGAGUUGAAUGCAAAUGUAAAGAGCGGAAGAUACUACGAUAUUUUUGGUGAUGAGACUUUCUAGUGGUGGAUGGAGGGAGAGAGAUGAGUAGCCUUUUUCAUUUUUGAGCUCCCUUCAUUGCCUCCUACUUUUUGUUGCCUUAUAUAUAUGUAUGCUUGGACGUUAGAUGGAACUUUUCUCCAGCAUUUAAUUAAUUAAGCCUCUACUUUUUGACUUA